CUCUUGGUUAUAUUCGCGUCGCGCUCCUCCUUUCCUCUGCAAAACAGUAAUCGCAGUAUUGUUUCUACAAAAAGCAAAGACGAAAACGUCUUUAUUUGCUAGAAAUAGGUUUUUUGAAAGCUGAAAAGGUGAUUUUCUUUUGGAAUUGCAACUGUGGUUGCUUGUUUAUGUUCCUGCCAUUUAAAAUCCUUAGACUUGAAGAAAACUAGCUCAACGUUACACAUAAAGUACUCAAAAUGUCGUCUGUUCCCCCGGCAGACUUGGAUUUGACUAGCAUUCAAUGGAGAAUGCCUGAAUGGGUUCAGGCAAUGGGCGGUUUACGAACUGAAAAUGUCCUGGAAUACUUUUCUCAGUCCCCAUUUUAUGACAGACGGUCAAACAACCAGAUGUUGAAAAUGCAGUCUCAGUUUAAUGCUUUGGACCUUGGCGAUAUGAACAGUCAAUUACAGAGAUUACAGGGCAUUCAAUUUGUAAUCAUUCACGAACGUCCUCCAGACUUGUGGAUUAUUCAGAAACAGAAUCGGUUGAACCCUAGUGAAGUUAAACCUCUUGCAAAUUACUUUGUCUGCAAUGAAAAUAUUUACAUGGCCCCAAAUGCCUAUACGUUGUUGGCUACCAGACUGCUGAAUGCAACUUAUUGCCUUAGAAAGGCGCUUAGUGAUGUCAAGGAUAUAGCCUCGUUUUCGCCAGAACGGGGCUAUUCUUACCCAACGAAUUUGUCUUUAGACUCAGAACUGGAUGAAUCACAGCAGGAAGAUAAUUUGGAUGACACCGUAGCUUCCGAAAACCAAGAAACAUUCGCUGGUGACAGACAGCCAAACCCACCUGCAAGCGAAGAAAAAGAAGAGGCCUCUAAUACUCCAUCCUUAGAGUCAGCCAUGACUCCGUCUCUCGACAUGUCCGUUUGUCGAGCUCUCUUUCAAAGCAUUGCAGUUCAAAAUCAAAAACUUGCACAAAAUAGUCAGAGCAAUUCAAGCACAUAGAAUGGCAACACAGGUGCUAUUGAUAGAAAAAUUUAAAAAGCAGUAUACAGUUGCGUUAGCAAAUUUCAACUCGUAUUGGAAAAGGUUGCUCACUUUGAAUACUUACUGCUUUUCACAAAGUUGCUAAGUUACCUAGCCUUAAAAAGCAACGAUUCACGCUGGUUCCUAGGACACGAGAAAUGCCUUAAUAGCGGUCUUAUGAAAUCAUGAGUCUCAAUAAGUGAUUUACUUUGGAACUUGAAGAACAUUUAUUUUCUCUUCCUUUCAUUUGCAACCAUGUCUGAAAAGUCUUGGUAAAAUAGUGCAGGUUACCUUCUUUUUCUGCACUCGUUGAUGCGGUAUACCCACUGUCAUUCUCAUGCAUAUGUUCCCACUUAUAUCCUGAUCGAGAUCCCUUUUUGGAUCAUAGCAAUGGUCACUUCUUUGCUAUUAUAAUUGAUUGAGGGAUAUUUACAUUUUCAGUCGUCCCUCACUUCCGUACCUUAAAAUUCCUUCAUACCUUCACCGUAAAAAUGUAAUUUAUUUAAAUAUCCAAACCUUUUAUUACAUACCGUUUUUAGAGCUCCG